GAUUUUGCUAGUGACAGCGAUGAUGACGAAUUGAACGCUACCCAACCUCCAGCUGCUGUAAAAUCCGAAGUUGUAGCGGAAGUUGCCACAGUUGUCGAUCUAAACGGCAACAAGGAAAUGUUAAAUGGAGAAAUGGACCGCCCGAAUUCCUCUUGUACACCGAGUGAUGUUGUUCCACAGUCCGAUCCACCUAGCGAGCCUGGUGAUAUCAACGAUGAGGUUAUGGAAAUCACAAUGCAGGCUCCUUUCGACUCGGUCCCCUGCGAGCUUGAAUAUUCCUCUCUUGAUAUUGAUCCUGAGCCAGACGAUCAAAAAACUCUUGAUCUUGAGUGUUUCGCGAAUAAGCUGUGUCGAGGCAUG